GCUGUCUCCAUGACACCGAUUCCAAACCCUCAUUCCCACUCCUACAGUCAGGCAACCCUAGAGGAAGACAAGCAGGAGAAGAACCAGGAUGCCCUUGAAAAGCUGGACCGUGGGAGUGGAAAGCUGGACCGUGGGAGUGGAAAGCUGGAGGGUGAGAAGAGCGACUCAGAGGCCAGCGACCAGGAGGAGCACGAAGAAGCCGAGCACACAAACAAAUGCUCCCAGGAGGCCAAGGAACAGGAGUUGGAGUCCAUAAAGCCGGAAGACCUUCUGGAAAAAGAGAAACCAUCUAUGUUUGUGGAGAUUGAUCUGGGAGACCAUGCUGAAGAGGUGGUCACAUGUGCCACGAGAGAAGAGAAGUGGUCCCAAAUGGACAUGGGGGAUUUGUCAGAAGAUGAGACCAAGACCAGCUGGGUGUGCUGCAUUCCAUACUCCACCAGAAAGAAGGUGAAGGAGAGCGUGUAGCGGCCCUGGAGAAGGUUGGCCAGGAGAUGCAGAGGGACGCAGACAAGCAGCCCUGAAAACCCCACAGGAACCUGUUUGAAGGGCACCAAUGACGCGCGUGUGAAUCACUGACCCACUGGGUGAGCCAUGAU